GAACAAUGUAUGAUCAAGGAAGCCUGAAUACAAGUUGAUUUGAUUGUGGGUGUUAAUAUUGGGACUGGGAAGCGUGUGGGGACGUGUUAUUAUUAUCAUUAUACGCCAAUGUUGUUUAUGUAUUCGUGGUAUUUUAACAAAUGCUUUGAGUAUUCUUUAUCGUUACUUUUCUAAUAGUUUGCUCUGUUAUCACUCAGCCCGAGUGCGUCUGCCCGCUGCCGGUGGCUGUGCCCAGUCAGCGGCUCCACUGUUAAUAUGUAAACGCUCCGAUGAUUGAAGGCUGAAGGCAGUUUCCCCGGCUGUGCCCUGAACCCGGGCCGCGCGCCAUUGGCCGCCAGCCUCGGCGGCCACGCAACCAAUGGGAGGGCGCCGACCACGAGCCGUCCUCCCUCGGGCCGCGUGUCUCUCGCCCUGAUUGGUGGGAAGUUACUGUGGGAAAGAAAGUUUGGGAAGUUUCACACGAGCCGUUCGCGUGCAGUGCGAGAUAUAAAUACAAGCCGCACGCGGAGCGCUCACACAGAGACACUCUCGCGUCCGCACCCGACCGCCUCUGCCGCUGCCGCCGCGCGUCGCUCCAACGGAUUUUAACUUGACACACAUCUCAGGAUUCAUUUUGUUGUCCUUGUGGGAGAGGGGGCUUUUUUUUGUGUGUGUGUGAAAAUACUCCUUUCUCCUAUAUUCCAUUGGACCGUAAUUUGCUGUGGUUUUUGUGGGAUAUUCCGAUAAAACGAUGCCUGCCGAUAUAAUGGAAAAGACCUCCUCGUCCCCGGUCGCCGCGACCCCGGCGAGCAUGAACACAACUCCCGACAAACCCAAGACAGCCUCUGAACACAGAAAGUCAUCCAAGCCAAUUAUGGAAAAGAGGAGAAGAGCCCGAAUCAACGAGAGUUUGGGGCAGCUGAAAACUCUCAUCCUGGAUGCGCUCAAAAAAGAUAGCUCCAGACACUCCAAGUUGGAGAAGGCGGACAUCCUGGAGAUGACGGUGAAGCAUCUCCGGAACCUCCAAAGGGCUCAGAUGACCGCCCUGAACACAGACCCGACCGUCUUGGGGAAAUACCGUGCCGGUUUCAGCGAGUGCAUGAACGAAGUCACCCGGUUCCUGUCCACCUGCGAAGGUGUCAACACCGAGGUCAGGACGCGGCUGCUCGGCCACCUGGCCAACUGCAUGACCCAGAUCAACGCCAUGAACUACCCCAGCCAGCAUCAGCACCAGCACCAGCACCAGCACCAGCUCCCGCCCGCCGCCGGCCCAACGCACCCGUCGUUCGGCCAGUCCAUGGUGCAGAUCCCCAGCGCGUCCCCGCAGGUCCUGCCCAUGAACGCGGUGUCCUGCAAAGGAGGCUCGUCGCCUCCGAGUUUACCGUCGGACGCCACCAAAGUGUACGGCGGCUUCCAGAUCGUGCCUGCCACAGACGGACAGUUCGCGUUCCUCAUACCCAACGCGGCGUUCGCGCCCAACGGGCCCGUCAUCCCCGUGUACGCCAACAACGUCAACACGCCGGUCCCGGUGCCGGCCGCGGUGUCCCCCGGGGCCCCGUCGGGCAACGCGGACUCAGUGUGGCGGCCCUGGUGAACGGUGGGACGGGGCCGCACAGACUGUGAAAACGACACUUAAUAGUUCUCUCUUUGUUCAAUGUUAGACACGUUGUUUUCAAGUUGUUUUUUUCUUGUAAAAAUGGAAAGAGUAUGCACUAUAUUUGUACAGCUAACAAGGGAGUCAAGUUCAUAUUGAAAUGAGAUUUGUAUUGUGGAAGUCUGUUCACUGCAUUUUUAUAUAAUUGAGUUGUCUUUUUUUUUUACUCUGUGAUGCCAAAGAUAUGUUCAAUGCUCUUAUGCUGUUCUUCGUUUUGGAAGACAAAUAAAUUUGUAAAGAUAUCAAAAAGA